GCUGAGUGCCACAAACAGGGGUCGUGACUGUUUUCGGAGCCUUGCCUGGACGAAAAACACCAGCCUAGGCGCCUGCCAGUCGCUGCUGCCGGGAAGAGCCAGGGGAGUCCUGUGGUCCUGCGGGUCCUGCGGGUCCUGCGCGCUGGCGGCGUCCGGCCACCCGCGACCGACCUGAGUAGAACCUCAACCGCGGCUCUUGCGCGACGCUCCCCGGCUCUCGCAGCCCACUGGGGGUCGGAGUCCCGCGGCCUGCGCAGCCGGGCUCUCAGCCAACAGGAAGGAAGGAGAGCGCGACCUGAAACUGGCGAGUCACACUCCGCUGGUGUCCUUGUGGCCAGCCCGUCCUGCACGGGAAGCUGGGGAAAACAGACUGAAAUCCAGGGUUCAGCUGGGCCACUGCCGGUGGAAUGGCCAGCCUGCAGGAGGCCAACGGAAGCACAGCGUGGCCACCGCCCGCAGCAUCCAAUAUCAGUGAGCCCCACCAAUGCCUGCUGCUGCUCUAUGAGGACAUCGGCUCCUCCAGGGUCCGGUACUGGGACCUCCUGCUGCUCAUUCCCAAUGUGCUCUUCUUCGUCUUCCUGCUCUGGAAGCUUCCCUUAGCUCGGGCCAAGAUCCGUGUCACCUCCAGCCCCAUUUUUAUCACCUUCUACAUCUUGGUGUUUGUGGUAGCCCUGGUAGGCAUUGCCAGGGCUGUGGUUUCUAUGACAGUCAGUGCCUCCGAUGCUGCGACAGUUGCUGACAAGAUCCUGUGGGAGAUCACCCGCUUCUUCCUGCUAGCCAUUGAGCUGAGCGUGGUCAUCCUGGGCCUCGCCUUUGGUCACCUAGAGAGCAAGUCCAGCAUCAAGCGGGUACUGGCUAUCACCACAGUACUGUCUCUGGCCUACUCGGUCACCCAGGGAACUCUGGAGAUCCUGUACCCUGACUCCCAUCUUUCGGCUGAGGAUUUCAACAUCUAUGGCCACGGCGGCCGCCAGUUCUGGCUGGUCAGCUCUUGCUUCUUCUUCCUGGUCUACUCACUGGUGGUAAUUCUCCCCAAGACCCCACUGAAGGAUCGUGUAUCCCUGCCCUCACGGAGGAGUUUCUACGUGUAUGCAGGCAUCCUGGCCACACUCAACUUGGUGCAGGGGCUGGGAAGUGCUCUGCUGUGCGCUGACAUCAUUGAAGGGCUCUGCUGUGUGGACGCUACUACCUUCCUGUACUUCAGCUUCUUCGCACCGCUCAUCUAUGUGGCCUUCCUCCGUGGCUUCUUUGGCUCAGAGCCCAAGAUCCUUUUCUCCUACAAAUGCCAAGUGGAUGAGGCUGAAGAGCCAGACAUGCACCUGCCACAACCCUACGCAGUGGCCCGGCGCGAGGGCAUGGAGUCUGCGGGGCCUGCGGGAGUCUCAGCAGCCAGCUACUCCAGCACACAGUUCGACUCUGCUGGAAUGGCUUACUUAGAUGACAUUGCCUCCAUGCCCUGCCACACAGGCAGCAUCAACAGCACAGACAGCGAGCGAUGGAAAGCCAUCAAUGCCUGAGUGGGCACCUAGGCACCAGGGAGGCCUGUGAAGACAGAUGGGAUCCCAGGUGGAGCAGAGUGCAGUUGAGGAACUCAUGUGGAUGGUAGCCCCGGGCAGGUGUGCCUACACCCCAGGACACAGGCUUCUUCCUGUUCUUCACCCCCAGUUCCCCUUUGCCACCUGUGCUCCAGCUUGGGACCCCAGCCUUCCCAGCACUACAUUCCUGCUGGGGGUCCUACCUGCCUAUCCCCUUGUCCCAUCCCAUAGCUCUCAGCCUCUUUAGCCUCAGGGCUGCAGUGUGUAUAUUUUCUCGAUCUAUUUUUUAAUAAAAGCAAAAAGAGUA